AUGGGUUUGAGGCCUGCUGGAGAGGGCAAGGGGGAGAAGCCCAAGGGCUCGGUGGUGAUGGCGGGAAGGUCGCGGAAGAAUCUGUGGAUCAUCCGCGCGACGACGACUGUUCUUCUGUGGACCUGUGUUAUGCAGCUCACGGCGCUGGGAGAUAUGUGGGGGCCCCGGGUGCUGAAGGGCUGGCCGUCCUGCUUCACUUCGCCUGGUUCGACUCCCAUGGCGGUGAUCUCCUCCCUUCCGCCAUCAAUCGAGGCAGAGAAGUUGGUGCUCCCCCCCAAAAGUGAGUUCAUGUUCCUCUAUAAUCUGGUUCAUGGCUUCCGACUGAUUUCCCAAUUUGUCGAAAUAUCCACACUAAAAGUAUUCAUCUUCACUUCCCCACUUGCCUAAAGCCUGAGCUUCCCCGAAUUCUAUGAUCAAAUGGGUGGGAGUUCCUGGUCCAUGGGAAUUCUCUCUCAUGGUUAAACUCUCCAUGGAACUGCUUCUUUUUAUCUGCUGCUAGAAACAUCUUUGCCACUUGUGGAAAAACUGGAAAGGUGGCCACUGUAGAGACAUGGCCUCAUUUUAGCAUAGCCAUUCUGGUCCCAAAAGCUGUGUUUCCCCUUCUUGACACUACCUCUUAUGGAAUCUGAAGAGUUUGCUUGCUUAAAAUGUCAUCCAGGAGUUUACAAGAACAACGGGUAUCUAAUGGUUUCAUGCAAUGGAGGACUGAAUCAGAUGCGGGCAGCGGUGGGUACUCUGAUAUCAAUGUUUUCUCAUUUUUCUGUGUAUAGAAAUUAAUCAUGUAUCUCCAUUCUAAUCUGGUUACUCAACUGCUGGAUCAUCUGCUCAAACUUCUUUGCAGAUUUGUGACAUGGUUGCUAUUGCGAGAUAUCUCAAUGUGACUCUCAUCGUACCAGAGCUGGAUAAAACUUCCUUUUGGGCGGAUCCAAGGUCUGCAGAUUCUAAAAUUAUCAUAUACCUACUUUGUUUUACUAUAUUAUGUUCUUCUGAUUCCUCUCACUGCUAAAAAGAUCUCUUAAUGCUCCGCAGUGAGUUUCAGGACAUAUUCGACGUGGAUUAUUUCAUUACAUCCUUACGAGAUGAGGUCCGAAUACUGAAGGAAUUGCCACCCAGACUGAAGAGAAGGGUAGAGCUGGGAAUGGUCCAUUCCAUGCCUCCUGUUAGCUGGUCAAACAUAUCUUACUACCUCAAUCAGGUCAACCCCCCUCUCUCUCUCUAGGGCAGCUCUGCAUCAGCUAGAUGAGUAUGAAAAGAAAGCUCACGGCCAGACCUCUUCUUUUCGUGCAGAUUCUUCCCCUGAUAAAGAAGCACAAGAUUGUGCAUUUGAACAAGACUGAUGCCCGCCUUGCCAAUAAUGGGCUGCCAUUGGAGAUCCAGAAGCUGCGAUGCCGUGUAAACUACAGCGCACUGAGGUUCACUUCCCAAAUUGAAGAGCUGGGGAGAAAGGUGGUCGCCCUGUUACGGAAAAAAGGCCCCUUUCUGGUCCUCCAUCUGCGAUACGAGAUGGACAUGCUAGCUUUCUCCGGCUGUACUCAUGGCUGCACAGACGCAGAGGUAGAAGAAUUGACGAGAAUGAGGUACUGGGUCCUCAUCCCCUUCCACCUUUCUCGCAGUGGUUUCACUACCAUUCUUAGAAUCUGACCAGUCGCUUCUAUAUCUGCAGAUAUGCCUACCCAUGGUGGAAGGAGAAGGUUAUAGAUUCUGUUCAGAAGAGGAAAGACGGCCUCUGCCCUCUGACUCCUGAGGAAACCGCCCUGGCCUUGAGAGCAUUAGGCAUCGAUGGCAACCUACAGAUCUACAUUGCUGCUGGAGAAAUAUACGGCGGGCGGAGGAGGAUGGAAAGCCUUCUCUCAUCAUAUCCCAAUCUGGUUAGUAACUUGAGAGAGACUAUUUUCUUUCCAUAUUCUCCUUCCUCUUUUUCUUUGCCUAAUUGAGCUGUUUAUUUCCUAAAUAGGUGCGCAAAGAGGCGCUAUUGGAACCAUCGGAUCUCAUGUCCUUUCAGAAUCAUUCUUCUCAGAUGGCAGCUUUAGAUUACUUGGUAUCUCUCGAGAGUGAUAUAUUUUUUCCCACAUACGAUGGUAAUAUGGCCAAAGUUGUGGAAGGCCACCGCAGGUAUUAAAAUAUCUUAAUUCUUUACUGCAUUUCUGACACCCACAGCCGUCAGAUCUCAUUUAAGGCUUUGAAUUGUUCUAUACUGCGCAGAGAAAUUAUUUUUACCAGCAAAAAAAAAUAAUCUUGGUCAACGGGGUUUAUUUUAUUCUGUCUGUUCCGAUCUUUUUAACCGUGAUCAUUACCUAUCAUUCAAUUGGAAAAAGGGUUGACUUUUCUCUACUGGCGGCAGAGCAUUUACUUACCUUAACCCACCAAAAAAAGAAAAAUCUGAUUCACCAUACUUUCUUUUUGAUUUGACGUUCUGUGGUUGAUCCAGGUAUCUGGGCUUUAAGAAGACGAUCUUGUUGGAUCGCCAGCGUCUGAUAAACUCCGUUGACCUCUUCCACAAUGGGUCCUUGAGCUGGUCAGAAUUCUCCGCCAUGGUGAAGGCGGCGCUUGCGGAUCGGAUGGCGGCUCCGGCAAGGCGGGUGGUGAUUCCUGAUCGCCCCAAGGAGGAGGACUCCUUCUACGCCAACCCACAGGAAUGCCUGCUACAAUCAACCAGAUAG